GUUUUUUUCUUUAUUACGGGUUAGUUACUGGAGGGGCCAAACCUGGCAACCCGGUCUGUACCGUCAGCGCUCCGUCCUCAUUCAGUCUCUCCGACAGACAGCGUGCAGACAUGGUGCUCGACUUGGACCUGUUCCGGACCGACAAAGGCGGCGACCCAGAAAUCGUCCGCGAGACUCAGAGAAAGAGGUUUAAAGAUGUGACUCUGGUGGAUAAACUGGUGGCCGCAGACACGGAGUGGAGGAAAUGCCGCUUCACUGCAGACAACCUCAACAAAGCAAAGAACCUCUGCAGCAAGAGCAUCGGGGAGAAAAUGAAGAAGAAGGAACCAGUUGGGGAUGAUGACUCUGUACCCGAGGAGGCCCAGAACCUGGAGUCCCUCACAGCUGACACACUAUCGGCCCUGACGGUAACCCAGAUCAAAAAGGUGCGUUUGUUGGUGGACGAGGCCGUGGAGAAGACCGACAGCAAGAGGAUAAAGCUGGAGGCGGAGCGCUUCGAGUACCUGAGGGAGAUCGGCAACGUCCUGCACCCGUCCGUUCCCAUCAGCAACGACGAGGAUGCCGACAACAAGGUGGAGCGUACCUGGGGCGACUGCAGCGUCCAGAAGAAGUACUCCCACGUCGACCUGGUGGUCAUGAUCGACGGCUUCGACGGCGAGAGGGGAGCCGUGGUGGCCGGCAGCAGAGGCUACUUCCUGAAGGGCCCGCUGGUGUUCCUGGAGCAGGCGCUGAUCAAUUACGCCUUGAGGAUCCUGCACAGCAAGAACUACACCAUGCUCUACACGCCCUUCUUCAUGAGGAAGGAGGUCAUGCAGGAAGUCGCCCAGCUCAGCCAGUUUGAUGAGGAGCUCUACAAGGUCAUCGGCAAGAGCAGCGAGAAGUGCGACGACAACACCGUAGAUGAGAAGUACCUCAUCGCCACCUCGGAGCAGCCCAUCGCCGCCUUCCUGAGGGAGGAGUGGCUCAACCCGGAGGACCUGCCCAUCCGCUACGCCGGCUUCUCCACCUGCUUCAGACAGGAAGUGGGAUCCCACGGCCGAGACACCCGCGGCAUCUUCAGGGUGCACCAGUUCGAGAAGAUCGAGCAGUUCGUCUACGCCUCCCCGCACGACGGCAAAUCGUGGGAGAUGUUCGACGAGAUGAUCGGGACGGCGGAGGAGUUCUACCAGACGUUGGGGAUUCCCUACCGCAUCGUCAACAUCGUCUCCGGCGCCCUGAACCACGCGGCCAGCAAGAAGCUGGAUCUGGAGGCCUGGUUCCCCGGCUCAGGUGCCUUCAGAGAGCUGGUCUCCUGCUCGAACUGCACCGACUACCAGGCCAGACGCCUCCGCAUCCGCUACGGACAGACCAAGAAGAUGAUGGACAAGGCGGAGUUCGUGCACAUGUUGAACGCGACCAUGUGCGCCACCACGCGUGUGAUGUGCGCCAUCCUGGAGAACUACCAGACCGAAGAGGGCAUCGUCGUCCCCGAGAAGCUCAGGGACUUCAUGCCUCCAGGUUUGACAGAAAUCAUCAAGUUCGUCAAGCCGGCUCCCAUCGACCAAGAGCUGUCCAAGAAGGCAAAGAAACAGCAUGAAGGAGGCAAGAAGAAGAAGCAGGGAGGAGGAGGAGGAGACCAGAACCUGCCCAACGCCAUGGAGUGCAUGUCCGUCAACGAGUCCUAGACCUCCACGGUUUCACCUCACCGGCUUCACGGAUGCAGACUGAUGGAACAGAGCCUGGCGUGGGUCCCAACCACCCGGGGUCGGCUUUGUUUCUCAGGAAAUGGAGAAACAAAUCUCUGAAACUUAAUGCUCUUAAAGAUGAUGUUGAACCCGAGUCCGAAGGCUUGGCUCUGUCCCAUCCGAGUGUAUCUGAGUUCAUGGUGUUUUUUUUCAUCUCAUUAUGUCAUAAAACACAUUUUAAAAGGGAUUUCCUCUGUGCGCCCACCUCACCUGUCCACCACUCUCCCACAUCGACAGCUACACCGAGCCUCAAACCAACAGAUAGCGACAGCUCGGCUCGUCUGUACGUUGAGAUGACGUGCAAGUAUGUUUUGGGGGUUUUAAGUUGCCGGAUGUUUUGCAGAAACAAAUCACAAAUACUGUCUGAGAUGGUGAGAACAAAAGCUCUUCUGUUGUUACUUCCUGUCUGAAAUUACUUUAAAUCCAAUACUAUCAGCUGUCUGCUUUAGGCUUCCCUCCACAUCGUCUACGAUCAUCGUCUUCAACCACCGUUGCUGCAUAAAGCCGCCAACUAGCUUCUGAUCGAGACGUUCUCUGUCGGUUCUGGCGAUUAUAAAUAUAAAUAUAUAUACAUAUGAUUGAACCUUGAUGAAGCAUCACUCGCUGUAAACAAUAAACACAGUUGGUAUGGAAGCUC